CUUGCCCUGGCCUGUCUGGUAAUGUUGCACCGCUGAUUGGGCCGGUCUUGCCCCGCCACGCAAACCCACGGAGCCACCCCGCGCCGAUACCGGGCCUGGAGCUCUCGCCUCAGUUUAUUUACUGGGACUGGCUGUGCUCACUUUUCGAACUUCCAGCUCCUCUUUGAAAAGGCUCUCUCUUCUGUACUACUCGGGCCAUACUGUCUGUCCCCUCCACUCAACUCAACUCAACUCAAUUACACCUCACCUCCAAUUCCUCAAUUCCAACCCUGAAAAUCUACAGUCAUGCCUUCUGCUGAAGGUAGGCCGCGAACUCUCUACGAUAAGGUUUUCCAAGACCAUAUUGUAGACGAGAGACUGGACGGCACAAUCUUGCUUUACAUUGACCGACACUUGGUCCAUGAAGUUACCUCACCUCAAGCCUUUGAGGGAUUGAAAGCUGCAGGGCGAAAGGUCAGACGACCAGAUUGCACCCUCGCAACCACCGACCACAACGUUCCCACUUCCUCAAGAAAGAACCUCAAGAACAUCGAGACCUUUGUCGAAGAGGAGGAUUCCAAACUCCAAUGCAUGACCCUCGAGGAUAAUGUAAAGGACUUCGGUAUCACGUACUUCGGUCUUGGAGACAAGCGCCAGGGUAUUGUCCACAUCAUUGGUCCCGAGCAAGGCUUCACUCUGCCAGGCACCACUGUUGUCUGUGGUGAUAGCCACACCUCGACCCACGGUGCCUUUGGCUCCUUGGCUUUCGGCAUUGGAACAAGUGAAGUUGAGCAUGUUCUUGCUACUCAAACUUUGAUCACAAAGCGGAGUAAGAACAUGCGAAUUCAAGUCGAUGGUGAACUUGCACCAGGUGUUAGCUCCAAGGACAUUAUUCUUCAUGCUAUCGGACAAAUCGGUACUGCAGGUGGAACUGGUGCGGUCAUUGAAUACUGCGGCUCUGCCAUAGAGGCUUUGAGCAUGGAGGCCCGAAUGUCGAUCUGUAACAUGUCAAUUGAGGGUGGUGCGAGAGCUGGAAUGGUUGCUCCUGAUGAGAUUACCUUUGAGUACCUCAGAGGUCGUCCUCUCGCUCCGAAGUACCGUUCAGACGAAUGGAACAGGGCAAUCAGCUACUGGAAGAGCCUCAAAUCGGAUCCUGGCGCAAAAUACGACAUUGAUGUGUUCAUUGAUGCAAAGGACAUCACCCCCACGGUCACCUGGGGCACGAGUCCGGAGGAUGUUGUACCAAUUACUGGCAACGUUCCAGACCCUGAAACAUUCCCAACUGCGGAGAAGCAGGAGGCUGGUCGCAGAAUGCUCGAGUACAUGGGCCUUACAGCUGGUACCCCAAUGGAGGAUAUCGUUUUGGACAAGGUCUUCAUUGGCUCCUGUACCAACGCCCGUAUCGAGGACCUCCGAGCUGCUGCAGCAGUUGUCAAGGGCAGAAAGGUUGCACCGAAUAUCAGACGAGCAAUGAUCGUUCCUGGUAGUGGCCUUGUUAAGGAGCGAGCAGAGGCUGAAGGUCUGGAUAAGACCUUUGUUGAAGCUGGCUUCGAAUGGCGUGAAGCUGGAUGCAGCAUGUGUCUUGGCAUGAACCCUGAUAUCCUGUCGCCAAAGGAACGCUGUGCAAGCACCAGCAACCGGAAUUUCGAGGGACGGCAAGGAGCAGGUGGGCGUACCCAUCUUGUAUCUCCUGUCACUGCCGCAGCAUGCGCAAUCGUUGGUAAGCUUACGGAUGUCCGAAAGCUAAGUGAUCGUAACGCCACACCUCGAAAGGCUUCUCCACCUCCUAUGGAAGUCAAGCCUCACGUAGAUGAGCAAGUUGAGUCUGAUGACGACGAGCGGGAGAUGAUCGGUGAUCAGCCACAAGACAACAGCCCGCACACCAACACCAUGGCUCCUCACACCUCUGCUGGCCUUCCAAAAUUCACGGUGUUCAAGGGCAUUGCUGCACCCAUGGAUCGAGCAAAUGUCGACACUGAUGCUAUCAUCCCUAAGCAAUUCUUGAAGACCAUCAAGCGAACCGGUCUCGGCUCUGCACUCUUCUUUGCUCUUCGCUUCAAUCCCGAUGGUUCUGAAAAGCCGGAUUUCGUCCUCAACCAAGAACCUUAUCGUAAAUCCAAAAUCCUCAUCGUCACAGGACCGAAUUUCGGAUGCGGUAGUUCUCGUGAACAUGCCCCUUGGGCUCUCCUUGAUUUCGGAAUUAAAUGCGUUAUUGCUCCAUCAUAUGCUGAUAUCUUCUUCAACAACACCUUCAAGAACGGCAUGCUCCCUAUUGCCAUCACGAACAAAGCCGACCUUGAUGCUAUUGCGGCUGAGGCCUAUGCUGGCAAAGAGAUUGAGGUUGAUCUUCCGAAUCAAGUCAUCAGGGACGGAAGUGGAAAGCAUAUUUGCCGCUUUGACGUCGAAGAAUUUCGAAAACACUGCUUGGUCAACGGUCUUGAUGACAUUGGUCUGACUAUGCAGAUGGAGGAAAAAAUUAACGCUUUCGAGAAGAAGAUGACCCAAAACACCCCUUGGUUGGAUGGAUCGGGAUACUUGAAGCGUGGCAAGUCUGGAAAGUUGGCUGCGAAGGCAGUUCCAGUUCCAAAGACAAACCGCGGUGAGGAGGUCAAGGAACCUUUGGAGUGGUGAAUUCAUCUUCUCACCCGGUCCGGCCUGUAGCUUGUAUAAUCUUUGUGGCAGGGGAGGGGAGGGAUGAAGUACGUUCUCGUGGGAGGCGGCUCUUUGGAUCAUUUGCAUGCUUCCUCGGACGCGUAGAGACGGUGGUCAGUUACGACUAAUUGCUGCAUACGACUUCACGGUCUUCAUGAUAACAUGACAAAAUGAAACAAAUUUAGAAUCUUAUAGGUUGCCUUCAGCC